AUGAUUUUCUUUUAUAGAAUACCCGCUAGUUCACAUGCAUAUUUGCGUCCACUAUCAUCUUUAAGUUUACCAUCGAACAGCGGUGAUUCCGGUUUCUUGCCGUCAAGAUAUGGUAGCGCAACUGCUUCAACAACUAAUAGCCAAGCUGGAAUAAGUUCUACUUCUGGCAGUACAUCCAUUGGCUCGUCACCAAUACCAACUGAACAAGAUAUUGACCAAGUGUUACGUAAAGCAGUCGAAUUGUUAACGCUAAGAAACGAGGCGCUUAAAAAUGCUAGUAUUUCAUCAGAGCUUGCCGAUGCUCGAUACUUUAAUGGUGUUUCUGGUUUUUACGAUUUCAGUACGACAAAUCCUACGGCAAAUGAUGUUGCAUCAUAUGAAAAACAGCAAACGAGUCAUUUACGAUCGAAACGUUUGCCACCUUUUACGCGUAAAUCACCAAAACCGGAUAGUUACAAAACGGUGAUGUGCCAAGCUUGGCUUGAAAGUGGAGUAUGUAGUUUUGCAGAGAAUUGUCGUUUCGCUCAUGGUGAAGAAGAGUUGCGUCCUUGCAACAGAUUACCAACGAAAAAUCCUAAAUACAAGACAAAAUUGUGCGAUAAAUACACAAUGGCUGGACUUUGUCCAUAUGGUGAUCGUUGUCUGUUCAUUCAUCCGGAAGCAUCAAAUGCUUCAAAUCCAUAUAUACGACCUGAUCGGUAUUUGAAAAUGCAACGCGAACGUGCUCUUUUGGCAUCCGUUAACAGUGUUAAUUCGAAACCUUCCCAUAUAUCAUUGUCGAAUCGCGCGACAAAUCGUCCACCGCCAUCUUGGCCGCUUGAGUCACCUGCAUUUUUUUCUGCCCAUCGUGAUUUGGAUCAGCUACUUAAGUUGCAAUAUUUUACUGAAAAUAUAAAACCAUUAUCCAAAGAUCCAGAAGAAAUAUUAGUUCAAGCGACAACCAAUACUCUCGUGUCUGCUUGUAAUUCGAAGGUAAAUGUCACAGCACAUGAUAGCUCGGAUUCCGGUAUUUCAUUUCGUGAUUACGAGGAACCUAAAUUUCAUGCAGCUAUCACAUCACAAUCGGAUAUGUUGAUAUCAUCGGAUUACCCGUUUCAAUUCGCUAUUCAUGCUGAUAAUCUUGCACGCUUAUUGGCAUGUGAAUUUAAAGUCGAUUAA